AUGAUGCCAGACUUCCUUACAAGAUGGGGAAUGAGAAGGCUCCUCGAGACAAACCUGGUACACCGAAUUCCUCCUCCUCUCUCUCUCCCUCCCUCCCUCCCUCCCUCCCCUCCCUUCCUCCCUCUGUGCGUUCUUGCGAUCAUCGUGGGAAGCAAAGCAGCUGUUGACUGUGACGUUUUCAAGGUGCCGAAGGACGUCGAAGUUCAGCGGUCAAGCUUCAUGGAGUACGUGGAGAGCCUGAAGAAACUUCCAAUCGCCAUGAACACAGCCGAUGCGAAUGACCAGCACUACGAACUCCCUCCAGAGUUCUUUUUCCCCAUCAUGGGAGAUCGUCUCAAGUACAGCUGCUGCAUCUUCAAGCCCAGCACGCACCUAGACGACAUCAACACGGCUGAGGUGAGAACAGGCGUGUCCUCGUACCUGCUGACUAGCUGCUUGCAGAUCGACUCCCUCCGACAGGUUGAGGAGAGGGCCGAGCUAGUGGACGGGCUUGACAUCCUCGAGCUGGGGUGUGGAUGGGGAUCACUGUCGCUGUACAUGGCGGAGAGAUUUCCAAAGUCGAGGAUUACCUCGGUUUCAAACUCGAAUGGACAGAGACAGCACAUCGAGGCCCGAGCAAAAGAACGCGGGCUGAAAAAUCUCACAGUGAUCACAUGCGACAUGAACAACUUCGAAGCUCCCGAGGGCAAGCGUUUCGAUCGCAUCUGCAGCAUUGAGAUGUUCGAGCACAUGAAGAAUUAUGACACUCUGAUGGGCAAGUGCGUCAAGUGGUUGAAGCCAGGAGGGAAAAUGUUUAUCCACAUCUUUGUGCACAAGCAUCUCGCAUACAAUUUUGAAACUGAAGGAGAUGACAACUGGAUGGGAAAAUACUUCUUCACCGGAGAGGUCUGGCUUCGUAGGAUGGAUCGUAACAUGAAGACUAUCCGCCCCAUCCUUUCCAAGGUGUAUGGAGAGGAGAACGUCACGCUCUGGACGGCCAGGUGGAGGGGCUUCUUCCUCGCAUGCUCGGAGCUUUUCAACUACAACCGCGGCAACGAGUGGUACGUCAGCCACUAUCUCUUUGAGAAGCCAUCGAACAUGUAA